AUGGAUUUACUGCCAUUGCUUGUGUUUCUUCUGCUUUGCGCUGUCCACCCGACCUUUACAGCUGCCGUGGGUAGAAACACAGAAUCCAAAAACCUGUUCACGGAACGCGCGUGCUGCAGACGACAGAGUCACGUGAUUUACAUCGGCAAAGAUAUUUCUGGAAGUCCUGUGAAUGUCGAUGUUGGCGUGUGCAGAACGCACUGUGGCCAAUCAACGCGUUCAACAUCAUUUGAAGCUUGGGCCUCCAAAUAUUCCUCAAUGCUGGAUUUCCUGCGGAACAAAAAGAUGAGAAGUUUGCAGCCAUCACCAUUCUCGGGGACCGCAGACCCGAUCCGGGGUUCUCCAUCCUGUGGCCUGAGCUCCACCUGUGAGCCUGCUGGGAUCCGUGUGGACCGAGUGAUGCUUUUUGAAGGUCUGCGAGAAGUUGAGAUCAUUCAGGACUGCCACUGUGAAGCCAAAAUGACUCAGUGUGUGCGAGCACCGGCACUCAAAACCUACUACUCAGAGACCCCAUAUGAGACGGUUGUAGAUGUUGGGAAAUGUGUGGGAAUUAAAGGUGCACCGGAAGGAUUUUCAUGCGUUCCCACCAAGUUUGAUUCCACCCUCCUUGAAACUCCAAACAAAGUGGAAUUGAUCCAGACUGUCGCUGAAUGUAAACUGAUGGAGGGCUGCUACCGGAUCCCAUAUGUGGAGUAUCAUUAUGAGAUCACAUACGACAACGACGGAGUCAAAGUUGAAACUCUCAGGGAAAUAGAUGUUGGCAGAUGUUUGGGGAGCUGCACCACAGGGAGUUGCUGUCUUCUCAGAAGUGCAUCACACAAAGGGGAAUGUUUGCUUCGGGCUGAAGGUCGAGGAAACGCUUGUGUACCUCAAGACUACGAGAGCCACACUUUCCUCAGUCAACACGGCCAAAUCCGCACCGUUCUUGCCAUCACUUCCUGUCUGUGUCAGUCUUAAACACACCGCCCACUACUGGAAGACUCAAUCAACUGCAGGGAAUUCAGAAGAAAUUUCCCUCAAUGUUGCACGGCUCGCACGUCAAACACUUUUAUAAAAUCAUGGAGCUUCACAAUGCCAUAGCAAUGAUCACCAACACUUCUGAAAAUCUACCAUCCUGCAGAGUUCACCUCAAACCCCAAACAAACACAACUGAACCUGCAAAACAAGCUUUUCAUGGCUACCUAAAAAAUUAAAGGCAGGUGUGUUGAUGAAGGGUUAAAACCAAAGUCUCCAGAAAUGGGGUUGUUGCCAUAGAAGAAUCAUUUUGGCUAAAUGUUUCCAAUAAAGAACCUUUCAUUCUGUUUUACAAAAGGUUCUUUGUUGU